UGAGCUCUGUGCUGUUUGUUCAGCGGCACUCUCAUUUGGGACGAGGACAAAGCGGGUAGGGGCACCUUAAACAUUGUUACUCAGGCGUCUCGGGAUGAGGAUCUGAGAAGAAGAUAAGGCUUAGACUGCAACGUUUUGCGUAUUAAUUGAUGGGAUACAACAUUGAAGAGGAAAAAUGAUCAGGAAAGUUGGAGACUCAUGUUGUCGCUAAGCAGUUCACUUUGGAGUCGUGGUCUGAAGUAGAGUUUUCCCAUUUUUUUUGGAGGGGAGAAUAGGAUUAAGUAAGUGAGCCAAAUUGCUAACUCGUCUGCAAGUGGUAUGAACUUUUCCCCUCUGCCUGCAAAUUUAUACAGACUUACAAGUCAGUAGCAGGAAAUGUGUUAGAACUCAUCUCUAAAAAUGUUCAACUUUAAGAAGGCAAGACAGAUGAUAACUGAGAAGAAACGUCUUUUUAAGGUGGAGAGCCAGACGGAUUAGAUAGCUCGAAGGAUUCGACUUCCAGAAACAUGACCUCCAGACUGUGUCCAGGCCCUCUCCUGGUGCUGCUCUGUCUCAUCCACGGCGCUGAGGAGUCCUGUCCUUCUAUCUGCCUCUGUGUAUCUGACACAGUGAGCUGUAGCUCCAGUGGUCUGACCAAGUUACCCUUGUCCUUGCCCUCCUUCUCCGUCACCCUUGACAUCAGCCACAACCAUCUGUCCUGGCUGGGUGCAGGCAGUUUCAAAAGGAUGCCUAGAUUGGAAAACCUCCGGAUGACCCACAACCAGCUGGGCUCCCUGGGCCAUGGGGUGUUUCGCAACGCUUCCGGCCUCAGGCACCUUGACCUGUCCUCCAACAAGCUGCAUGUGGUGGAGCAACACUACUUCCAGGGGCUGUGGAGGCUGGAGGAGCUCCUUCUCUUCAAUAAUAAGAUCACACAGGUGGAGGCAGCCACAUUGAGCGGCCUGAGCAGCUUGAAAAAGGCCUACUUCAGCCUCAACCAGAUCACACACUUCCCGUUUUUCUCCAUCCAAGACCAUAGUCACCCUUUUCUGACCAUGCUGGACCUCUCGUCCAACCGUUUGAGCAGUCUGCCAUGGGAGGAUGUGAAAGCUUUGCCCGGGUUGGUGCAGCGGGGGCUGUACCUCCACAACAACUCUCUGAUCUGUGACUGCUCCAUGUACAGUGUUUUCUGGCAUUGGGAUCUGAGGGGUUACGACGCAUUGAAGGACUUUACUGAAGAGCACACUUGCACCACCUAUGGGAACCCACGAGCGUCCAUCCGGUUUCUGCAACAAUCCCGCUUCUUCCAUAACUGCACUGUGGAAAGCGCUGUCUCACUGCCUGUGACCGUGCUCCUCUCCAACGUGUUGGUUUCAGAGGGAGAAGGAGUGCGUCUGGACUGCCAAACGUCCCUGAGUAGCACAGACCUAUCAUUUACAUGGCUCUCCCCGAGCAAGGGGUUCAUCACCCAGACUAGCAUUAAUGACACGCUAAUUAGCCUGUUUCCUAAUGGUACCUUGGAGAUCCAAGCUACCAAGGUCAAUGACUCAGGUUUGUACGUGUGCACAGCUGUGGAUAUUAAAAAGGCACUGAAUGCGACCCGGGAGGUGAAUGUGACGGUGUUGCUGCCUGCAGCAGAGUCAUUCAACACUGGCUACACAACGUUGCUGGGCUGUUUGGUGUCCAUGUUCUGCAUCCUCAUAUACCUCUUCAUGACUCCGUGUCGCUGCAGCUGCUGUAAGCAGCCCAAACCUCCAGCUAUCCCCAUUGCAACUUACGACCCCAGCACCCUGACUUCUGUUUUCUCCCCUUCCAUUAGACCCCAGCACAAACUCCAAACUGAUAAGCAUGUAGCAUUCAUGGAGCCAAUAGUAAAUGAAGAAGGAUUUGAAUGGAUACCUGAAGGUUGACACUGAAGAUGGUUCUCUCUUUUUCUUAUUUUGAAGCAGAAACAAAAGACCUUUGGACCAUGCAAAGGUCCUUACUCAAGAAUUAGCGGUGCGAUGCAAUGAAAGAGAAGGGUGUUAAUGCUGUAUAGGAAGAGAACAAAAUCAUGUCUCUUUCCUGACUGCCAGAUGCACUAAAAACGGCCUCCUAAACAAAAAAUCAAUAUCUCCUGUUUCAGUCUGUUCUUCCCUGUCACCUGGCCCAGUGGUCGAAAUGAAAGUUUCAACUUUGGUUUAUUACCCUCAGUGUACUGACAUUGCUAAAUCACAGUAGAGCUAUUAUCAGCCCUAAAAAUCAGCUAAUAAGUUCUCUGUGUACUGAGGUACGACACUAGGGGCAAUAUUUCUCAUGGGAUCAGAGAGUGGAUCAGGCUCACUUUUCACAGAAAGUGUUUAACAAGAAUUAAAAGCCCCGGAAAAACGCUGCAAGGUCAUGACUGUGAUGGACUGCCGGAAGUAGGUUCAGCCCAUGCAUAUUGGUUGAGUUGAGGUGCUAAACAUUGCCUAUAGUAUGAACACUCUAUCUAACUCCUGAAAACUUUGGUUCCCCUUUGUACCUGAUAAAGGAGUUGUUCCCUUUA